GUCUUUGACGACACAGGAAAGGAUGUGACACCCCAUCCACUCUUCCAUUCAGUCCCAAACACUGUUGGAGCCAGGACCUAUGGAAGCAGCCUUACUUCUCUAUCAAGCACAUCAACAUCUGAGACCGUACUACAUGAAACGGCAGAACCCGGCUCUCGACGAGACACAACUGUUGGCAUAUCUGAUGUGCAGGUGAGGCAAGAGGAGACAGAAGAACUGACAGAAGAAGACUUGGAUAGGACAGUGGAUAUUUACCUCACAGAGACAGAAACUAUCAGGAUAUUGGACAUGCCAUCUGUUGCGGUGUCUGUCGAGUCAGAAGAUGCUGGAAGAGUUCUGGAGAGGAAUAAGAUUUAUGCUGACAUUUGCAAAAAUAGAGCUGGUAAUGAUCGCUUUGUAGAGAAAACGAUGCAAACCAUUAACGGAGCUGCAAAGAACAAGGAGGUGCAAUGUGACAAAAUCAUCAUGGAAGAUAAAGGGAUGAUUGUCACUUCCUGGCACUUGAACAAUCCAUUUAAUGGAUCAGAAACAGAAUCUACCCCAAAAGCAGGAGGUAGCAGAACCACAACUGGGAACUGCAGCAAAUCUCAUACAACUAAAGAGCACGAUCAGACUAUGCCCAUGUCUUCUGACAGAGAAAGCACUGCUCUUGACAGAAUCCACAAAGAGGAGGAAUGCCAUUCAGAAGCUAUACUAACAUCAGAAAAAUUUCAGCAGGAUUUAUUUUUCAUGGAGAGGAUUCUAAUGGAGAAUAUUUUUCAACCCAAACUUGCAGCUUAUCGGCAAUUUCCCGUCCUUAUAGAUCUCAAUGUUACAACAGACACUAGUGGUACAGCAGCAGCCCUGAAAGCAGCUCAACAGGAAGAGCAUGACAAGGAAAAGAAGGAUAAGGAAGAGCUGACGGGAGCAUUAAUUGACCCAUCAAUUCUGUCAGGUCUAAAUAAAACCCCAGAAGAAAUUGUACCUCCCAGACCGGAACAGCUGUGGUCAUAUGUGUGUGAUUUGACUCAGGGUCACAGUGUGAGCAGCAUGGCUUGGAGCAAAGUCAACCCAGAUCUUUUAGCUGUUGGUUAUGGAGCGUUUGAUUUUAAAGACCAGAAGAAAGGCUUGGCUUGCUGCUGGUCCUUGAAGAACCCCAUGUGGCCAGAGCGUGUUUUCCGGAGCGAGCAUGGUGUGACUGCUCUGGAUUUUUCUACAGCAAGCCCAAAUCUUUUAGCAGUUGGAAUGUACAACGGGUCUGUCGCGAUCUAUAAUGUACAGAGCUGUAAGGACACUGCACUUCUGGACAGCAGUGAAUCUUCAAAUAAACAUACAGGUCCUGUAUGGCAAGUGAGGUGGGUGGAACAGGACAGAGGCCCAACAGGAGAUGGCAAAAAAGAGAGAUUAAUCUGUAUCUCAGCAGACGGCCGAGUAACCGAGUGGUUUAUACAGAAAAGACUAGAUUGCACUGAUCUGAUGAAAAUAAAGCAAAGAGAAAGUGAGAAGAAAAAAUUACCAAGUGAGAAAGAAAGGAGAAGUGAAGCUCUGAUAUUGCAACAUGCAGCUGGAAUGUGCUUUGACUUCCAUCCAAAGGACACUGAUCUUUAUCUUGCUGGAACAGAAGAGGGUCAUAUCCACAAGUGUUCUUCUUCAUGCAAUGAGCAGUUUCUAGAGACAUACAGAGGCCAUAAGGGUCCUGUCUACAAAGUCGCUUGGAAUCCAUUCAGCACCGACAUGUUCCUCAGCUGCUCUGCAGACUGGAGCAUUAUUUUAUGGCACCAGGAUUCCCAGACACCCGCUUUAACUUUCAGUUCCACUGCUGCUUUUGUUCAUGACAUUAUGUGGUCUCCAAAAUCACCCUUCAUCUUUGCAGCAGCCAAUGAAAGCCAAGUAGAAAUUUGGGAUCUCAGUGUCAGCAUCUUGAACCCCGUGAUCUCUUGCUUUGCCGACCCAGGGGUGAAAUUCACAUCCGUGCUCUUCGCCAGGAACACCGACUGCCUUCUCGUGGGGAACAGCAAAGGAGAAGUCGGAGUGUUUGAGCUGCGGAACCUGGCUGCUCCCAGCAGCAUUAAGGCUGAUCUCUUACAUGACAUAAUGGGUCCUGCUGGAGCUAUUUAA